AUGUUUUGUACACACGAUUACGUCGUUGAUGUCGGGAAAGUUUGUAAUGAUGUGGAGCAUUUUGUCCCGUACCAGGUGAAAACCCCGGGUGGACGAAUUGUGUACAUUUACAUUAAGAAACGUGGAACUGUUCCCAAAUGUGGCGACUGCAAAACGAAACUCCCCGGGAUAAAGCCUUCAAGACCACGUGAGCGUUGCACGAUGAGCAAGCGCUUGAAGACAGUUAAUCGGGCCUAUGGAGGUACAAGGUGUCACAAAUGUGUCCGCAACAGGCUGUGGUCAUGGCAUGGGGCGAGACGGCCCAAAUGGUUAGAGCGUGAAUUCACUGACCGGAAGGUCCGUGGUUCGAAUCCGCCCUCCGCCACUCGACUUCCCCUGUCUAGGCUUGGGCAACCUGGCGGUAUCCCAGCCCUCGUGCUUCCUUCGGGUAACAUGGCAGCUAGGCACCGGAAGGGUGCUACAGCUGAACGCUUUCUUUCUGCAAUCUUAUCGUUUGCUAACGCCGAUGAGCCCGUAGGAUUUUACGGGCCAACUCACUCUGCGGCUCCUACUAUCUGA